GCUGGAUGCAGGGACCUUUUUCCCAGGUCUGCUUUCCACUCCCUGGGUUGCAGAGAUGGCUCCCAAUGCUUCCUGCCUCUGUGUGACUGUCUAUUCCACGGAAUGGGAAUUAAUGACCUUUGAUGCCAACCUGGAUGACAGAGUGAAGAAGAUCAAUGAACACGUUCGGUCUAAGACCAAGGUUCCUGUGCAGGACCAGGUCCUUCUGCUGGGAUCCAAGAUCCUAAAGCCACAGAGAAGGCUGUCGUCUUAUGGCAUUGACAAGGAGAAGACCAUCCACCUCACCCUGAAAGUGGUGAAGCCCGGGGAUGAGGAGGUGCCCUUGUUUCUCGUGGAGUCCGGAGAUGAGGGACAGAGGCACCUCCUCCAGAUGCGAAGGUCCAGCUCAGUGGCCCACGUGAAAGAGAUGAUCGAAACUAAGACUGCUAUAACCCCAGAGACCCAGAUUGUGACUUGCAAUGGGAAGAGAUUGGAAGAUGGGAAGAUCAUGGCAGAUUAUAACAUCAGAAAGGGCAAUAUACUGUUUCUGACAUACCAUUGUAUUGGGGGGUGACUGCCCUGGAGAGGGGAUGCUGUCAGCUACAAAAGGGCUUAUUUCCUUUAAUCUAUUAUUUACCAAUCAUAUCCUUUGAUGAUUUCCCAAAAUUAAUGAGAAUGAGAUAAAUAGAGUAAGAUUUGGGGUGGGGUGGGUAGGAUGAAAAAUAUUUUCAACUCUAAUUCUUUGAUUCUAAUAUAAUUGAUUAAGUGGCAGGAUUGCUUAAGAUGUAUUACUCAGAAUAGAAAAUGAAUGUUUAAGGCACAUUAGAGAUAGCAUUUAAAGCUGAAACUUAAUCCUUUCUUGGUACCUUCUGAUUUAUAGAAAAACUCCUAUUUCCUUUCCUAUAUGACAAAAGAAUAGUUUUAUGUUGGGAUCCAUGUUCUAUUAAUUUCUGUGUUCCUAUCAUUGUUAAACCCAAUGCUUCAUUUAUAGUAUCACUCAAUUAUUGUUGAAUCAAGCUGAAUUUCUACUUAUAGAGCAUAGUGAAAUGAUUUAUUAUGAAGUGAAUUAAUUACUCUGACAUGAUCACAAUGUAAUUAAUAAGUAUUUUGAAAAUUCCAUUAAACUUCUUCCUCUCUCCUUAUUUCAGACUGGUAUGAAAUGAAGUCUGGCACCAUACUGCCUUUUAUUCUUGAUGUUCCACACCCAGCUAAAAUUGCUCUUAUUUCUGGGGAUGGUGGGCAUGGAAAGAUAUUUUCCAUGAGGAUCUAGAAAUCUUGUUUCUCUAGUUGGGGCUCUUUGUAGGUAGAUGUGCUUUGGGAGGGAAUAAACUUUCUG